CCCCACAUCACUCGCAGACCCCUUCCUCUUUUCAUCUCCCUGCUUCUUCUAUCCCUCUUCUUCCAGCCGAAUGCUGUCAUUGUUCGUCAUCUCUCUCACACACACACGCAAAACACACUCUAAAAACCCUUUUUUUUCAAUCUUCUUCAAGAUCUAACAACUGUUUUUUUCAUUAGAUCUCUGUAUCUUUCUCUAGUUCACUCGGUUUCUGUAUCUACAACUCAUUUGCUUCUGAUUUUCGCCGCAUUUUAUGGAUCUACAUUGCGGACUCGACGGAGGUCUUUGUCGGUGGAUUUCACUACAAGAGCAAAACCCUAGCUUGGAGUUCAGUGUUGCAUUGUUAAAUCAAGCUUUAGCGUUUUGACAAUGGUGUUUAUGUGUUCGAUUACAAAAUGUCUACUACUGUGAUGCUGUUGUUUAUUUUUCCUCUUCUCACUCUCGGUUCUCCUACAGUUAGUUACGGCAUUCCUUUCCUGAACAUCAAUUUAUCUCCUUCUCUACUGCCAAGCCAACCUCUGUUUGUGAGGAAACAUGAUUUUGAACAUCUCAAAGUGAGGUUCAUGUCAAUGAGUGCAACAAUUCCAUCUAUAGCAUCACAUAUACAUCCACCCGUGGCCUUUACAAAACCUUCAAAUGUACCUGCUGCUCCUUCUCCUUCUCCAACAAUUCAAGGCCCUGUUGCUAGCCCUCCUGUUGGCAGCUCAAGAAGGCGACAUCACCAUCAUUUUCGUAAUGGGAAGAUCACCCAUGCAGUCUCUCCAUCUCCAUCCCCUGUACCAGGUUGCGAUCAAACCUGUUCUGAGCCACUGACUUCAACUCCCAUUGGAUCACCAUGCGGUUGUGUUUUUCCAAUGAAAGUCAGACUGCUUUUACAAGUUUCCGUGUAUGCGGUCUUUCCCGUUGUGAAUGAGCUUGAAAUCGAGAUUGCAACAGGCACUUACUUAACACAAAGCCAAGUGGUCAUAACAGGUGCCAGUGCUGAUAGUCAAAAUCAAGAAAAAACAGCAGUUGAUAUAAACUUAGUUCCAUUAGGAGAAAAAUUCGAUAACACCACUGCUUUACUCACAUACGAUAAGAUUUGGCGCAAGAAACUCUCUUUAAAUAGAACCCUUUUUGGAGAUUAUGAGGUUGUAUAUAUCACUUAUCCAGGGCUUCCUUCUUCACCGCCAUAUGGAGAUGGAGAUCACCCCGGGAGUGGACCAAAUGGAAGUCCUGGAAACAGACAGAUCCCUCUCACUGCAACUUUUGUAGGAAAAAGUCAGAACAUGAACCCUAAAACCAUUUUUGUUAUUACUUUAUCUGCAGUGGUACUCUUGGUUGUUUGCCUUGCAGCAAUUUCUGUCUUCUUAAAGUACAGAAGGGUUGGUAGAUCAUCAAAUGCUGUGGGUCCUGUUUUCGCAACCCCAUCUAGCAAAAGACGUGGACUUGGAGCAAUGUUAUCAGGCGAUCCAUAUUCAAACUCCACGUUAUCCAUUGUCUCUGCCAUGCCUGCCUCCCUCCUCUCUGUGAAAACCUUCACACUAGCCGAACUUGACAAGGCCACUGAAAAGUUCAGUUCCAAGAAGAUCUUGGGUGAAGGAGGAUUUGGAUGUGUUUAUCAUGGAAUCAUAGAAGAUGGAUCUGAAGUUGCUGUAAAGUUACUGAAUAGAGAUAACAACCAAAACGGUGAUCGUGAAUUCAUUGCAGAAGUCGAGAUGCUAAGCCGCUUACAUCACCGUAACCUUGUAAAACUCAUCGGUAUAUGCAUUGAAGGCCGCACACGCUGCUUGGUUUAUGAACUCGUUCCUAAUGGCAGCGUUGAGUCUCAUUUGCAUGGUGUGGAUAAGGAGAGAGGGCCUCUUGAUUGGGAUGGUAGGUUGAAGAUUGCUCUUGGUGCAGCGAGAGAUUUUGGGUUAGCAAGAGAAGCCACAGAAGGGAGUAGUCAUAUUUCUACCCGUGUCAUGGGAACUUUCGGUUAUGUUGCGCCUGAGUAUGCGAUGACAGGGCAUCUACUAGUGAAAAGCGACGUGUACAGUUAUGGUGUUGUGCUUCUGGAGCUUCUUUCCGGAAGAAAACCAGUGGACAUGUCGCAACCACCAGGUGAAGAAAACCUCGUGACGUGGGCCCGCCCGCUUCUCACAACCCGAGAAGGACUACAACAGUUAGUGGACCCGAGUUUAUUCGGGACCUACGACUUCGAUGACAUGGCAAAAGUGGCAGCAAUCGCAUCCAUGUGUGUGCACCCGGAGGUAAAUCAAAGGCCGUUCAUGGGUGAAGUAGUCCAAGCCUUAAAGCUCAUAUACAACGACAAAGAUGAAGUGUGUGGGGACAGUACUACACAAAGGGAUUCUUCAGUUGUGGAGUCGGACUUCAAAGGCGGUGAUCAAGUCCCUUCCGACAGCAGUUGGUGGAACGCCGGCGGUGGUGCCACCCCGCGGUUGACUUACGGUCAAACCUCUUCGUUCAUGACAAUGGAUUAUAGCUCGGGCCCACUUGAAGAGAUGGAUAACAGAGCGUUUUCAGCUUCGAGUUUUGAUGGUGGGGUCGGUUUGGGGCCGUCGGUUAGUCAUGGGAACAGGUCGGGCCCGCUUAGGACGGUUAGGAGCAAACCGUUGUUUUAUAGAUCCAAGGGAAGUAUGAGUGAACAUGGUGGACUACUCUCAAAGCCUUUUUGGAGUGAAGCUUCCUUUUAACCAAAGGAAAAGAAAGACUGUUGUGUUGUUUGAUUUUCAAGUGUACAGAACCAAAAGCCAAGGGCCUUGAUGACGAAGUUGAGUAAGAAGUAACAAGUGUAGGUAGGGGUUUGUUGUAUGAAAUGGAAUGAAGUGAGGUUUGAUGGCUUAUAUUUAUUUAUAUAUGAGGAAAAGGGGGAGGGACAAAAUGGGGAUUGUAGUUUUUGACAAUCUUGAUUUCAUUAUAAUACAAUUCGAAGCUGGAUAGUAUAGUAGGUGUGGUGAUUGGUGU